AUGUUCUUCGGUGCCAAGGCAGCGCAUGCGGCUGCAGGCACAGCCAAGGGGGAGCGGGGCCCUCCUGCGGACCUUGGCGAGGUCCUCAAGAAGGCAGCGACUAGGGCCAUAGGAGGAGGAAGGUCGGGAGCAGCAGCAGGCGUCUUGCAAGUCCUGUCGCUCAUGUGGCUGAGGACGACGAUGAACUACCAGUACAGGUAUGGAGGGAGCAUGUCCGAGGUCAUGGCGAAACUGUACAAAGAGGGAGGGGUAGGAAGGUUCUACCGGGGGGUAGGAUUCGCGCUGCUCCAGCAGCCCCUCUCUCGCUUCGGAGACACAGCAGCGAACGCAGGCAUGGUGGUCCUCCUCGAGAGCUUCGACAGCACACGGGAACUUCCUCCCUUCGUCAAGACUGUCUGCGCAAGCGCUGCAGCUGCCCUGUGGAGGAUAUGGUUGAUGCCUAUCGACUCGUUCAAGACGAACAUGCAGGUGGAGGAGGAAGGUUUCCAGAAGCUCCUUGCCAAGAUCAGAGCUCGUGGUGUUGGAGUUCUCUUUGAAGGAAGUGCAGCAACGCUCGGAAGCUCGUUCGUCGGUCACUAUCCUUGGUUUGCCACCUUCAACACGCUACAGUCCAUGAUCCCCCAGGCUGAUAACAACCUGGCUGUCAAGCUCUUGAGGAACGCUUGGAUCGGACUCUGUGCGUCAGCGGUUUCGGACUGCUGCUCUAACUCUCUCCGUGUCAUCAAGACGACCAAGCAAACGUCACCGCAGCGAAUCUCCUACGUCGAGGCUGUUCAGAAUGUGAUGCAGGUGGAUGGUAUCAAGGGGCUCCUUGGCCGCGGCCUCGGCACUCGUCUUGUUACCAACGGCCUCCAGGGGAUGCUGUUCUCUGUGGUCUGGCGCUUGUUCGACGAGUACUGGAAGUGA